CACAGCUCUCCCCAGCAUUUCCUCUCUCUGGGUCUGGUCCCGACUGCUGCCAUGGCUUGCCCCCUGGAGAAGGCCCUGGAUGUGAUGGUGUCCACCUUCCACAAGUACUCUGGCAAAGAGGGCGACAAGUUCAAGCUCAACAAGGCAGAGCUAAAGGAACUCCUGACCCGGGAGCUGCCCAGCUUCCUGGGGAAAAGAACAGACGAUGCUGCAUUCCAGAAGCUGAUGAGCAACUUGGACAGCAACAGGGACAACGAGGUGGACUUCCAGGAGUACUGCGUCUUCCUGUCCUGCAUCGCCAUGAUGUGCAAYGAAUUCUUUGAAGGCUUCCCGGAUAAGCAGCCCCGGAAGAAGUAAAGGUUCCUCCGGUGCAGCUGGGGGUAGAGGUCUGCCAAAGAGGUCUUCCAGGUCGGCAGAUGAGUUYAUGCCGUGGUGCAGAACCCUGAGCAAGUUCAAUAAAAAGAUAUUUGGAAGCUA